UUGUCACGGGGUGGCGCCAGUCUCUCCGACACCGGAAGUUGCAUGUCGACUCAACUUUUUCUAAAAACAUGGAAGACGACGGUGUGGACCUUUCUGGUGAACAAGUUGAGAAGUUGAUUCACUUUCAGGACCUUACAAUGAUAGAGGAUUUGCAUCGCUGUAAAGUAAUUUUGGAGCGAUAUCAAUGGAAUAUAGAGUCAGCUGUCACAGACACACUAAACGAACGUGAUGUCGUGGACGCCCAUUUUACAACCCCGGUCCAACCGAAUAACACUGAACCUCGGAUGCCAAGCAUGAACUUAACACCCCGAGACCAACAUUUGUCUUUUCCUGCCAUUUUCUCUUCCAGUGUCUAUGUAACCACAUCAUCAGGCCCCCAAGGAGUAGUGCAAUGGAUUUCGUAUGCAUUCAUGCUUCCAUUUCGAUAUUUUUUCACCACAGUUUUCAAUAUUUUAAAAUUUGCAUACAGACUGUUUUGGCCAGACCCAAGACAAAAUGUUACUGAUCCAGUAGGAGAUGUUAUGGCUUUCAUUAAUAAAUUCAAAGAUGAUUUUGGUAACACACAUCCUGUUUUCUAUCAGGGGUCAUAUAGCCAGGCAAUCAACGAUGCUAAGCGAGAGCUGCGUUUCCUCCUUGUCUAUCUUCACGACGACAGCCUUAGGAACUCUAUGGUAUUCUGCCGAGAAACGUUAUGCAAUCCUAAUGUGGUUAACUUUAUCAAUUCCAAAGUGUUGUUUUGGGCAUGCAAUGUCAGCAGUCCUGAGGGAUACAGAGUCUCUCGGACCAUCCGUGUUAUUAAGUAUCCUUUCCUGUCCCUUAUUGUCUUACGUGAGAACAACAGUAUGACUGUUGUGGCUCGGAUUGAAGGAUUGGUAGACUCACAAGAAUUAAUCCGUAGACUCCAAAGAGCCAUUGAAGUCAAUGAACAAGCUGUCACGUCAAUACGGCGAGAACGAGAGCGACGUAACGCUGACAAGGAGUUAAGAGAGCAGCAGGACCAAGCUUACUAUGCUUCUCUAAAAGCUGAUCAGGAAAAGGAUAGAAAAAAGCAGGAAGCACAAAGAAUUAUUGAAGAACAGGAGCUGGAGAAACGUGAGCAGGCUGCUGCAUCUAACCGCCUGUUGAUGGAACUUGAAAAGGAGAAGGAUGAAGCCAGAGUUUUAAUUCCACCCGAACCACCAGCCAAUGCUGAAGAUACUGUGAGGAUAAUACUAACAGUGCCAAGUGGUGCUCACCUGGAGAGACGGUUUAACAAACAUACAUCUUUAAAAUAUUUAUAUUACUUCAUCCUGUGUCACGAAAGCUGUCCAGAUGACUUCAAGGUAUUGAUGAAUUUCCCAAAGGGUGAGAUAUGCUGCAUUCCGACAAAGGAUGGACCCGAUCCUCCGACAUUUUCCGAGGUUGGCCUGGACAAGUCUGUGCGUCUCUUCGUCCACGACAACCAAGCUUAGAGAGAGCGAGAGAGAGAGAAUGACAGACAGAAAGAAAGGAAGGAAGGAAGGAAGGAAAACCAAGGACUAAGACAAAUCAGUUAUUAAAAAAAAAAAAAAAAAACAAUUUUAAAAAAGGGGAAAAACAAAAUUACUAAAAAAAAAAA